ACUUGCCCCACAACUACGUCGAGGCUACACGGAGGGUCGGGGGAUCUUUGUCAUUUGUUGUCCAUGCGCGUGUUGAGAUUGUUAAUUGUUGCCGGCAAAUGUGAAACUCGGUAAGUACGUGGGUGUGUUACGACUCGCGCGCUUGCGUGCGCGUGUGGGUUGUGUGUGUGUGUGGGUGCGACUUUAGGAUAUUUGGGCUUCUCUCUCCAGAGUCGCUCUUUCUCGUUUGCCGCUGCGAGGAGCCGUAACAUGAAAACGUUUGACCAAGCAACCUAAGUUCGAGACCGGACUCUGGUUCGGUUUGACGGUGAUCCCAUCGAAGAUCCCCUCCCCCCCGUGUCACCCGGUUUCCCGGGGAGGACGGAGUGAGAUUUUAAUUUCCGCACCGAAUUCUCCGACUUUCAACUCAAAUUCCAUCCUCCUGGACGUCUUCUGAAAAUAAAUAUAUAUACACACCACACACACACAAAAUCAAUUUUUUCCAUGCAUUGUUAAAAUGUCACCGAUAUCAUCAACGGUCUGAUCUCACCACGCAAAAACAACAACAAAUAAGGGUUAAGUUUAGCUUUCUGUUAAACGUCUUGGGGGUAGACACACACACGGGUAAAAGCGCAGCUCCCGCAAUCGCCUGCUCGCGUCACUGCUGGAGGAAGGGGCAUGCACUAUAGGCCGCACUGCAGGUGCCCCUCUAAAUAGAUUGUUGUUGUGGUGUUCUUACCCCGUGCCGCUGCUGGACAUCUAUGAAAAAUAUAUAUUUUUUAGCUCAUCGGAUUCCCCCCGGCAAGUAAAAAUCCACAUUCUGAUUCUGAGAUUGGAUGAGGGUUGGAGCUCCCGUGACACCAAACACGUUGCACGGUCCCCGUUAUCGAGAUUCCCUUCCACAAUGUGAUUCUUAAACGUACAUUUAAAAUAUCUUGACGCACGAAACAAGGGGCACGGCUUAAGUUAACAACGUACAGCUAUUGCUUGGGUUUAUUUUUGUUUAAAUAUAAUUUUUCUUGAAGUGUGUGCAGCUUCAGUAGGCAUUCGGACAUGAGCGAGUCACGUGACCAACAGCCAUACUUCACCGCGAUUCAGAGUAGCAACGCGCAGAGCGUUAUGGAGACGGCCGGCAACUUCAUGAGCAUGCUGAACCAGCCUGGAUUCAACCACCACCAGCAGCAGCAGCAGCAGCACUACCACCACCACAACCACAACCAUCACAACAGUGGUAGCAAUAGCCACGGUGUGGACAAUGUUAGUGCUUUGACCAUUGAUGACGAGGAUGGAGGUGGUGGUGGUGGUGGUGGUGGAGGAGGUGGCGGUGGUGGUAGUGGUGGCAACGAUGCCUCCUCCUCCUCCAAUCGGCGAUCUUACAUCGACGAUGGCAACAGCAGCAGCAGCGGCAACAGCAGCAGCAGCAGCAGCGUCAUGGAUUCGAUUCUCUGCCACGUGAACUCAAGAAUGGAACCGCACGGUGUUCAGCAACAGCAGCAUCAUCAGCAUCAUCAUCAGCAGCAGCAACAUGAUCAGCAGGAUCAGCAACAACAGCAUCAUCAGCAGCAGCAGCAGCAAGGGAAGAGUCGGAGGAGGAAAGAUGCGGGAGGGUUAAGAAUUCCGGACAAGGCGAGCGACGAGUAUCGACGGAGGCGUGAGCGGAACAACGUGGCCGUUCGGAAGAGUCGCUUCAAGAGCAAGCUGCGCGCAGCAGAGACCCUGAGAAGGGCGGCCGAACUGCGCGCCGAGAACGAUCGGCUCACGGCCAGGGUUCGCCUCCUGUCGAAGGAGCUGAGCGUCCUGCGGGGCCUCUUUGGGGAGAAGGAGCGGCGGGGCGGCGAAGGAGGCGGUGGUGUAGGCGAUGCGUUCGCAUCAGCUGGACUCGGGGGAGAGGUAUCGGAUGAACUCGCGGUCUGUCAGCACCGCAGUGCCAUGCUGCUGCAGGAGGCGUGCAAGGAGGAGGCGGACGAUGAUUUGGUGGUGAGCGAGAGGAUGGCUGGCGGCGGUGGCAACGAUGGUGGAGGUGGCGGCGGCGAGGUGGUGGGACGAGGGAGGAAGUCGCGAAUUCACGACAGCGAACUCAAGCGAGAACACGACCUCCAGGUUCACGGGAGGGUGCAAUACCAAGACCAACAAUGUGUCACGCCGGCCGUGAACUUCUUGCAGCAACAUCACCACCACCACCAUCAGCAGCAGCAGCAGCAACAACAUCAGCACCAUCAGCACCAUCAGCAGCAGCAACAUCAUCACCUUCACGAGAUGCAAAGUGGACGCAGCCUGCAUCCGUCUCACGGGCACGUCUCCAGUGACCUCCACGAUCUGCUCUUUCCACCUCCCGCACCUCUCUACCUCGGAGGUCCUCACCGCGAUUUCCUGCUGGGUCCGUCGGCGCCCUGGGCGGCUCCGCACAGGCAAAGCCCGGCGCGCGCCAUCGUCGCGGCUGCCGCGGAUUUCUGCGCGGCCUCCGCGGAUUUCUGCGCGGCUCCGUCCGAGGUCGGAGGCGCGCCGAGGCACGCGUACGGCGACGAGUGAGCGUCAUCUCGUGGCCACGAGGAGGCGGUGAUUGGUGUUGGUGGUGAUGAUGAUAGUGGUGGUGAUGAUGAUGAUGAUGUGGGGAGCCGUGGCGUGGCGGUCAACGCGCCGUGCCACGAGACCCACGUGCGAGCGACCCCGAGAUCGAAUUCCGGCUCACGGUUACCAACAGCGGUGACGAUUUUUUGAACCGGUCAUGGGCCUCAACCCCUGGGUCGACUCAGCCUCAGAUGAGUACUGUGCAUGGCGCGCGACGUGGAAUGAUCGCCACUGGGAAGACAAAGGCGGACAGGAUUGGUGCUGACCACCCGCCCCCUCGUGUGCCGUGCCGGCCUUCAUAGGUGCGCGCGAACAGCACUUGUCACAAAAGUCUGUGAAGGCUACACGGGGAAUCUUUGUCUUUGAAGAUGAUGAUCACAAAUUCAUAACAAUGAUGCAUUAUUAUGACGAUGAUGGUGGUGCUGAUUGUCGAACAAAAUAGGAACGAGGACGGUGAUGGUGAUGAUGAGAGACACUUUAGAAUUGUAAUGAUGGUAUAUGUGGCGGUCGUGGUAAACACAUUUGAACGAUGACGAUGGUUGAUGGUGGUGAUGAUCAUGCACUAGGAACAACAAUGAUGACGAUGGGCAUACACACGAUGAUGAUGGAUGACGCUCAACAAUAAGGAACAACUGGGGAUGAUGAUACAAGUGAUGAUGAUGAUGGUGAAAAACUAUCGAAACGCAGAUGUUAGCGAUGGUGGUGAUGAGUAGUGGAGUACGGGGUUGUUGAUGGUGGUGAUUAAAAUCUGAAAUUGUGUUUCUGUACGUGAUGGUGGAUGAUGUAAAGGAGUGGUGAUGAUGAUGAUGAUGAAUAUUGCUCUGAUGAUGCAUCUUUGUGGACAAAAGCGAUAAUGACGGUACUAUUGAUGGUGUUGGCAAUGAUGGUCGUGUUGGUGGUGACAUUUACGCUGAUGGUGGCGGCGGUGGUGUGAUUGUUGGUUGAUGCGUGUAGCUAUGAUGCCUUUACGAUGGCGAUGAUGGUGAUGCGUCUAUGAUAGGUACAAGCACCCAAUACAGAGAAUCGUCAUGGUCGUCCACCAUCAUCUUCGUGUCUAAAUGUUGGCAAUUUCUCGACUCAUCUCACGACCAAUAAAUAAAGAAUGCACGCCACGUGGUGGUGGCGAUGCGAAUUUGCGACAACGGCGGAAACCGGCAGAAGGAAGGAACCGGUGACUUGGUGUGAUUACAGCGAUACGGUGUUCGCUCCUCGCUCUCGGAAAGAGAGAAAUAAAGGGGGCGACUCAGAGAGAGAGGGGGGAUGACUCAGAGAGAGAGGACAACUCGAGAGAGAGAGGGGCGACUCAAGAGAGAGAGGACGACUUGAGAGAGACAUAUGGGACGACUCUAGAGAGAUUGACUCAGAGAGAGAGAGGACGACUCGAGAGAGAGAGAGAAAGAGGGGCGACU